AUGAGGCCAGUACCUGAAAUCCCGGCUACUUCAGAUCCAGAUCAGAACUCUGCCAAAAAGCGAUACGAUCGAGUAAAAGGACGAAAGGCGAAAGAAAUGAAAUACAAAGCUGCCAAAGCACUUUUGGAUCUUCAAGAGGAAAUUCCAAGUGUUGAGCCAUUUCUGACAACAAGUGCAGAAACUGUAGAGGUUGACGUAGAAAAUACCUGCAGCUUUAUUGUGAAAGGGCCACUUGAACCAGAUUCCAGUGUGUCUGUGGGAAACGAACCAGAAAUCGUAGGAAUGAUGUGCAUGGAGUUGCAGAGAUUAACAACAGAAAACAUAGAACUAAAAAAACAACUGAAAGAUGCUACAUUUUCUCCGGAUGCAUUAAAAGAUGAUGAAGAAAAAGUGAGACAUUAUACAGGACUGUGUUUUGAAACAUUAAUGGCUUUGUUUGAAUAUAUUUCACCAAAUAUUUCUGAAACUUCAAAAACUGCUCUAACUAAAUUUGAGAAACUGAUGUUGGUUUUGAUGAAAUUGAGGCUAAAUUUAAGUCAGCAGGACCUGGGUUAUCGUUUCCAAAUUUCAGAGAGUUGUGUUUCCAAGACAUUUCGUGAUGUCAUACACAUAAUGUUUGUUCGGAUGAAAUGUUUCAUAUUUUGGCCAGAUCGAGAAGAACUUCAACUAUCGAUGCCCAUGGAAUUUAGGAAGCAUUUUGGUACCAAAGUGUCAGUAAUUAUAGACUGUUUUGAGGUAUUUAUAGAGAGGCCAUCAAAUUUACUGGCUCGAUCCGAGACAUGGUCCAACUACAAGCACCACAAUACUGUCAAAUAUUUGAUUGGAAUCACACCUCAAGGAGCCGUGUCAUUUUUAUCGAAAGGAUGGGGUGGUAGAGUAUCAGACAAACAUGUAACCGAACACUGUGGACUGUUGUCAAAACUACUACCUGGUGACAUUGUGUUGGCAGACCGUGGCUUCGAUAUCAAAGAAAGUGUUGGACUUAACUGCUGA